AGGCACAUGUGGGUCGAGUCCUUGGGACUUACACGCAAGGAGAGAACAAGUCUCCUGACAAACCGACAUCUGAACAGUAAUCACAUCAUGGCAGCCCAAGUACUCAUCAAGCGGAAGAUGCCGACAUUCGGCAGCCUUCAGCAUCCGGACGAAGCGUUCCUCGCAACAGGGAGUCCUCGUUUUAUUCAGAUCAUCAACACGGGUCAGCCUUAUGAAUGGGUGACUUUGACAGGCUGCGAGGGGUCACUUCUAGUCCUCUAUGAUACCUUAUGUAACACACCAGAAGAUAUCAUUACCAGGAAGGGGCCACUCCCAACAACCGGUACUUUGUCCAGACAACAUCAAAUAACAAGCAAAACUAUUCAAGAACCUUAUCAAGAAUGUAAAACUAUCAACACACAGAAAGCUGAUGAGAUGUUCAGGAAGAAAACAUUUCAGGUAGUUGGUAACAUGUUUAGUCAGCACCAAAUGCCAAACAGGACUAAAGGAGAACCUCAUCCUGAUCAAAUACUCUCCACAGAGGAACCAUGUUAUACCAGGAGCCAGAACAAUGUUAUACCAGAACCGUUACCAGUAGCUGUCCAGAUACAGAUUGCACAAAUCUGUAGACAGACCCAUCUUGUUGAAGAGCUGUGGAUUUGUAGGCCUCUAAUACAGCAGUGUAUUGGCGUCACAGACUCCGGGUUAUUUGCAAUUGCGUUCGCAGUUGAAGCCGCCAUCGGAGGUGGCCUUCCCAUGGUGCAGUUUGAGCCCAGACAAAUGAGAAGUCACUUGCUCAAAUGCUUUGAAGAAGAAGACAUCAAACCUUUUCCAAGAACCCCCCAAACAGAUUACAAUCAUAUGGCUAAAGUCAUUUCUGAGAAACAUAGUUAUAUGAGAGAUGAAGAAGACAUCAAAUGGAUUCCAAGAACCUCCCAAACUGAUUACAGUCACAUGGCUGAAGCAAGUUAUGAGAAACACACCUAUGUGAGAGAUGAAGAGGACAUCAAAUGUAUUCCAAGAAUCUCCCAUACAGAUUUAUGUCAGAUGGCAGAAGACAAUUGUAUGACUAGCGACAAAGCUUCCACUGAAGCUACUCACAUAUCCCAAGUGACUACAGCAAUCCCAGACAUGCCAAACACAUCAAACUACCUUCCUGUCACAGCAACCAUUUCCGUGGUUCCCUUGUUUUGUAAGUGCCGCUUGCCUGCCUGCUUUGAUUACAUGGUUCAAUGUGAAGCAUGUGGCAGGUGGUAUCACUGCGCAUGCGUUAGAGUGCCACCUACCGCUGUACACAAAGAAUGGCUGUGCGAAUUAUGUGUAAACAAAGCUCACAUUACGAGCAGCCGAGGGCCAUGCAACUCAAUAAUUCAGUAUUAAGGACGAAGGCUAGGCUAAAGAAUCUGACAUAAAUAUUUGCAGUUCACUUGGUCUUUUGCCUGAUACAGAGAGGGCCACGGAAAUUGUACAGUUAGUAAAAUCGUGAACAUCCAAACAUAUCAGUUAAAUGCCUUUUGUCUUGCGACAAACCAGAAGUGCGCAUUUGGACAAUAGAAUCUUUGAGACUUGUUUACAUUUUAUUUCUAUUGACAGAGCAAACGUUUGAAGAUGGAACAAACGGUUUCAUACAUAAUCCCGCUGUUAAUGGUUUUUACUGGGUGCUGUAUUAUUUCCAUACAAAAGCUAAAAGCACAACUGGCGCUGAAGCUAGUCACAACCAAUGAAAUGAUAGAAAACAAUUCAAUUAAAGUAAUAUAUGGAACAUGGAAAUUCAACUUGAAACUGCUCUCUACCUGUACAAGCAUAAACUUUUUGAUAAUAAAAUAGAAAAUUAAAAAGAAAUUCUGAUAAAAAUGCCAAUUUUGUUUAAGAAAAUACCUUUAACAAGUUGCGCUGAAGCUAGUCACAACCAAUGAAAUGGUAGCAAACAAUUCAAUUAAAGUAAUAUAUGGAACAUGGAAAUUCAACUUGAAACUGCUCUCUACCUGUACAAGCAUAAACUUUUUGAUAAUAAAAUAGAAAAUUAAAAAGAAAUUCUGAUAAAAAUGCCAAUUUUGUUUAAGAAAAUACCUUUAACAAGUUGCGCUGAAGCUAGUCACAACCAAUGAAAUGGUAGCAAACAAUUAAAUUAAAGUAAUAUAUGGAACAUGGAAAUUCAACUUGAAACUGCUCUUUACCUGUACAAGCAUAAACUUUUUGAUAAUAAAAUAGAAAAUUAAAAAGAAA